AUGUCCCAAUGUCCCCAGCGGUGUCCCCAUGUCCCCAGCCCUGUCCCCAGCCCUGUCCCCAGCCCUGUCCCUGUGUCCCCAGCGCUGUCCCUGCGUCCCCAGCCCUGUCCCCAGCGGUGUCCCCAGCCCUGUCCCCAGCAGUGUCCCCGUGUCCCCAGGUCGCUGGUGCGGUGGCAGCUCGACGUCCUGCCCGAGGGCAGCUUCCGCGACACCCCGGCCCUGCAGCUCCUGUUGGUCACCGCCGGGCGCCUGGGGACCAUCGGGGACGGGGCCUUCGCCGGGCUGGCGCUGCUGGAGCACCUCUUCAUCGAGGACAACGAGGUCGGGGCCAUCGCGCCGGCGGCGCUGCGGGGGCUGCGGGGGCUGCUCUACCUGAGCCUGGCCAACAACGGGCUGGAGACGCUGCCCAAGGACCUGUUCAAGGGGCUGGAGACCCUGACGCACCUCGACCUCCGGGGCAACCCCUGGCGCUGCGACUGUCGCCUCCGGUGGUUGGUGGCCUGGUUGGCCACCACCGCUGCCACCGCCGAGGCGGGGACCUGCCGGGGGCCCCCCCCCCGCAACGGCACCCGCCUGACCCAGCUGCAGCCCCGCGACUUCCCCUGCCUGGCCCACGAGCUGCGGCCCUUCCAGUCGCUGCCCUUCGCCUCGCUGGCGGCGGAGCCCUUCGUGCUGGGGGGGCACCCGGGGGUGGCCCUGGCCCAGCCCUUCGCCGGCGCCUGCGCCCUCCUCGAGUGGGACCAGCUCGCCGGGCGCUUCCGGGCGCCCACCAUCAUCAACGGGUCCUCGCCGGUGGCCUGCCACCCGCUGCCGCUGGCCGGCGCCCUGCUGCUGGUGGUGGCCCAGCUCGGCGGCCCCUCGGCCGUGUGGCGCCGGGCCGGCGGCCCCGGCGGCCAUUUUGUGCGGCUGCAGGCGCUGGGCGCCGGGCGGCUGCGGCGGCCCCACGCCGUGGCCAGCGCCCGCCUGGGGGGCCACUGGUUCCUGGGGGUGGCCGACAGCUCCAAGGGGGGCACCAGCACCCUCUUCCGCUGGGGGGGCCGCGGGUUCUACCCCCACCAGGAGCUGCGGCCCUGGCACCGCGACACCCACCUGGAGUUCCUGGAGCUGGGCGGACGCCCGGCCUUGGUGGUCUGCAGCGGGGCCCGGCGGCCGUCGGUCUACCGGUGGAGCGGGGCGGCCCAGGCCUUCGCGCCCCACACCGACAUCCCCCACGUGCCCGACGUCUACGCCGCCAAGCACUUCCGCCUGCGGGGCCACGUCUUCCUCUGCCUCUCGCGCUUCCUCGGAGACGCCAAGGUGAUGCGCUGGGAAGGCUCCAUGUUCCGGGAGGUGCAGCAGGUGCCGGCGCGGGGCUCCCUGGUCUUCCAGCCGCUGGCCCUGGCCGGCCACCGCUACGUGCUGCUGGGCAACGACUACGCGCCCAGCCGCGUCUACCGCCUGGGCCCCGGCGGGCGCCUGGAGCCCCACCAGGAGCUGCUGGCCCCCUCGCCCCGGGCCUUCGCCCCCCUCGCCGUGGGCCACCGCCACUUCCUGGUGGCCUCCAGCUUCAAGGGGGCCACCCAGAUCUACCGCCACGUCACCGUGGACCUGGGCACCUGAGGGGCGUGGGGCGGGACGUGGGGAUGGGGGGCGUCAGCCACCACGGACCUGAGGGACACGGGGACGCGGGGACGUUGGGCAUCAUGUCAUGAUGGACCUGAGGGACACGGGGACGUGGGGACAUUGGGCAUCAUGUCAUGAUGGACCUGGGCACCUGAGGGACGUGGGGCGGGACGUGGGGACGUUGGGCAUCAGCCACCACGGACCUGAGGGACAUGGGGACACGGGGACGUUGGGCAUCACAUCACCACGGACCUGAGGGACACGGGGAC